UGACUGUGUGUCAGAGGGGCUAGCCGCUUUAGCAUCAACCAUGCACGACAUAAGAAGCUGAUUUGAAGCUCCAAAAGGAAAAAGACAAUAAAAACCAAAGGACUUCCUUUGGUAAUAGAGCAGUGUUUUAACAAGGGAGACGUGGAUAAGGAAACAAGCUUUAUUAUCUUAUUCCUUAAACCUGUCUCUAUGAUUUCGUGGUUUCGUUCGUUGUAUGUGUGGGGUUUGGAACAAAACUAAGGCAAUACUUGAAAUUGUCGUAAACUAAGUUCUUCCACUGUAACAUUGUAAACUGUAACAUGAGCUCCUAUUUCGUGAACCCUCUCUUUUCCAAGUGCAAAGGCAGUGAAAGGUUGGAACCAACUUACUACGACUGCAGGUUCCCUCAAGGCGUCACCCGGAGACACACGCUGGUGUACGGUGCGGGAGCGGCGGCGACGGGAUUUCAGCACCCGCCCCAUCACGUCCAAGCCUUCUUUCACCAUAGGACGCCGGCGAUCUCCACACCAGGCUACCAGCAGAAUCAAUGCGCCUUGGCUUGUCAUGGAGAUGGCACUACAUUGUAUGGAUACGAAGCGCUUCCAAAACAAACGCUUUAUGGUACCCAACAAGAGGCACGCGUGGCGCUAUACCCAUACUGUAAAUCGUCAAAUGGCACUAACCUCGGAGAAGGACAAGGGGACCUAAAUCAAAACCAGUUUCCUAGUCUCAUGUUUCCAUGGAUGAGACCGCACGCCCCCGGAAGACGGAGUGGCCGACAGACCUACAGUCGAUACCAAACACUGGAGUUGGAGAAGGAAUUUCUAUUCAACCCUUACCUCACCCGUAAACGUCGGAUCGAGGUGUCUCACGCUUUAGGGCUGACGGAGCGGCAGGUGAAGAUUUGGUUCCAAAACCGACGGAUGAAGUGGAAAAAGGAGAACAUCAAGGACCAAUUUCCGUGUCAAAGAGUAGAGACAGAGAACGAGGGUAAUGGUGAUGGUGAUGGUGAAGGAGAGGGCGAUGAUGAAGGCAAUGAUGAUGGUGAAAGAGAAGAGGGAGACAAAAAGGAAAUGGGAGUGGAAGAGGAGGCGAAAGAGUGAUUUUUAUUGCUCUUUCUUUUUAUGGUUAUAUGGCUUAAAAGUUGAAAGAUGGUCCCGGGAGAAGGAGAUCACAUUUUCUCACAACCGUUUUACUGAGUCAACAAGAUGAGAGAAAAAUAACUGUUCUGGAUUACAGCAAAUGGCUCCCUCUAUGAGGAUUAUAACUACUAAUAAUGUUUAACUUAUACAGUCUCCAAACGCUGCAAAGGUUCUCAUAACAUAAAGACCUGAAGCACAUGCAAAUCAUAUUGUUACGUAUAUGUCCAUAUCACAGAAUGCACAAGAGGAUAGGAUGUCUGGAAAUGUUUAAAUGUUCCAUAAAUGUUGUCAUUCGAGGAGAAGGGUUCAUUAUUAAUACAAAUUGUUUGUACUUUGUUUUCCUCGAGUAUUUUUUAUGUGGGUUUGUGUGUGUGCAUUAGGAUGAUCGGAGUUUUAUUUUAUUCAUAACUGCCAAUUCUAAAGGUGGGGGGGAAAGGGUGGCAGUUGGCCCAGUGGUUAAGAUCGUUCGGCCAGUAAGGGAUAUUUCAUGUUGUUGUGUCUCAAAUUUCAAUCUAUACGCCUAUUAUUUUCACAAAUAUUGGCCUACUAUUGUGUAUUGUAAUGUAGCCUAUAUUUUGUAAACAUUGUGUGCGCUGUCUGUUCUUUUGAUCGGAAAUUCGACAUAUGUAGAAUAUUUCUUGAUUCUUGACCUAAUUCUGGAAAAUGUAAGAUUCUAGAAGGCAGCAAUAAGUUAUUUUUAUGUGAUUAUUAGCCUAUAUUCGUUUUAAAUAGACCGGGAACUCUUUACUACCUAAGUAGAUCUAGAUGCACUUAGAGGUGAUGGUAAAAUUUACCAAGAAAACGGUUUUGUCAUUAGCAAUGUGGAUCUAUACAUUCUCACUGAAGGGACAAGCCAGUGCAAUGGUAGGCCUGUAACACAUUAUAUUGCAUUUGAUUGCACGAUACUUAUGGUGUUACUUGUGGCGGUAUAGUAGGACCUAUAUUGAUCUUCCAAACAAAUGUCUCUGCGCCAUACUACCUAGUCAGCUAAAGAACGGUGUAACAACAAUUGGUGUCCCAACAACUUAAACUGCCUUAAGUAAUGCACAUUUAUUUAACAAAUAUGUUAUAAUUGAACAAAGAAUUGUACUUCAGCGUUUAAAUAUCAUUAGCCUACAAUAUUGUGCUGAUGCAAUAGACUCUUUUUUAUUGCACUGAAUAUGACCUCUGUAUGUCUUCGUAUUUCUUGUUGUACAAAUCAGCUUGAUUUCUUAUGUUAAAGUUAAAGGAGGGUAUGUUGGUUGCGAGUCCACACACACCUGAUUGGCAUGAACAUGUUCAAAUAAAUGGAAAAAAAUCUGAA